UUUGACAGUGUUUGAAUUGAUUGACAGAUUGAAAAUAACCUAUAAAUAUUUUUUCUCUUGUAGCACCUGUGAAAAUAAUUGUUAUUAUUUUAGAAAUUAUUAUAACUACAAUACAAUGGCGAAACCAGCACCAAAAGGUGGAAAAGGGAAAUCGGGUGAUGAAAUUUUUAGUGGAUUCCAAAACCUUCGUACUGAACAAAGACAGCUUGCGAACAAAAUAUCCGAAUUAGAGAUGGAUCUCAAUGAACACAAAAUUGUUAUAGAGACUCUGAAAGGCGUCGAGGGAAGCCGCAAGUGUUUCAGGAUGGUGGGCGGUGUCCUAGUGGAGCGGACGGUUGCUGAAAUACUGCCAGAACUAGAAAGCAAUCGCGAACAGUUGCCCAAAGCGCUGGCGGCGCUACAGGAGCAGCUGACCAAGAAGGGGCAAGAGAUCAAUGAGUACAUUGAGUGCCACGACAUCCGCGUGCAGCGGAACGACCGCUCGGACCCCGCGGAGGAGCAGCCACAAGCCAAAACAAAUGUGCUUGUGGCUAGCGGGUAACCCCACACUAUGUCAACUAGCUUUACUUAUAAAAUAAUGCUUACUUAUUGAUUAGAUUUAAUUUUUAUCGUAAGUCUUUCUCAUCUGACCCAACAAGUAUUUUGAAAAUAUUAUUAAACAAACAAUCAUGUGGGGAUUACUGAUAUAAUGAUGUUGCAGCAGUUGGUUGUAAGUUCGAAAAAUAUUUAAAUUUUAUUUGCAAAUAGAAACUACUGUCACACAUUUUCUUAAAGUGUUCAUAGCAAUUGAAUAUUUAAUGAAUGCUCUUCAGCAGUUAAAAUGUUUGGUAACCAGUGCUGGUUAGUGCAUCAUACUCCUGAAAACAAUUUCAUAUUCUAAACUUUAUUAAAUUUAUCAUUAAUUUGUUUCAAGUGAGGUUUAAAACCCCAAACAUCUAAAAUUACAAAAUUUGAAUAAAACUAUGUUUCUGUAA